AUGCAAAGAGCAGUAAGGUUUGGUUGCAGCACUAUUAAUAAAUUAGAAAGUGAAUUGAAUAAAAUUGAAAAGAUCUCUUUCAAAGAAAGAUAUCUAUCAUUUCAAAGAGAAUGGAAUGAAUUCAAAAAUAGAGCAAAAGAGAUGUAUUAAUUUGAACUUAUCAAUCUUGUCUUUAGGCCUCCAAGAGUUUUCAAUGAUAAAUUAGAUGCCAAUCAAUAGAAAAAGAUCAACCUAUUAGCAAAACAUAUCGAAUACCUAAGCGAGAAUGAAUUUCAAUAUCUGAAUUACAUUUUGUAGAAAUAAGUUCUCAAUAAACCUGAUUAUGCUGAAUUUUCUUUAGGUAUCUCCAAAGAUGAUGCACAAGUUGGUCCUGGAGUCUGGCCAACAGCUCAUCCCCAAUGGUUAUAGCAAUAAGAAAUAAUAGCCAAAUUAUGGCCUUUAGGAUAAUAAGGAAUUGCAACAUUAUUCUCUGAAGUUGUUGGAUUCGGAGGUGGAGUAGGAACAGGAGGAGCUUAGACAGCAGCUACCACUUAGGAUUAGCCAAAAGAGGAAAAAAAGGAAUAAGCUCCAAAGGAAGCACCCAAGGAGGCAGCUAAAGCUAAUUAUGAUGUUAUUCUUGAUUCCAUUGAUGCUGCAUAAAAGAUCAAAAUUAUUAAGGAUGUCAGAGCAGUUUUCAAUUUGGGUUUGAAGGAAGCCAAAGAUCUGGUUGAAAAGUUACCUGCCACUUUAAGUAAAUAGAUGAAGAAGGAUGAUGCAGAUGAAUUGAAGAAAAAAUUGGAAGCUAUUGGUUGCACAAUUAAGUUAGUGUGAGAGUAUAUUAUUAAUCAUCAUUACAUUGUUAUUGUCGUUAAAA